AUGGAGCUAUCAAUAGAUGCGCUUAAGGAAAAGUUUCUCAACAUGAACAGUGACAUUGAGCUAAUCGAGAGGAAGCUGAAGGAUGAAAUGUGUAAAAUAUAUGAAGAUGACAUCAACCCCUUCCUAAUUUUAAAUGAUUUUGAAAAUAUUAAAAAUGAAUUACACAGAAUAAACAAAGAGUUAAAUAUUUUGUAUGAACGAAAAAAAAUGAGCAUAAAUUACAUGCAUAGACAAAUGCAAAAUUACAAUUUCUUGUUAAACUUGGAAAAUAAUUUAAACAUUACGUCCAAAGAGUUUACUAAUUAUCAUAACUCAGAAAUUAUUUUGAAUAAUUUUUUUUAUGACAAUAUAAAAAAGUUUUUAUUGAAUAUAAAUUAUGAUGAAAUUAAUGAAAUGUUGCAGCUAGAUUAUCACCAAAAAUGUGCACUAAGCCAAGAAGAACAAAUAACUGCAAACUCGACUUCUAUGGGAAAUGAAGCAACGAAUACCAAAAACCCUGUGUGUGAUACGACAAAUUAUAAACAUAAUAUAAGCAAUAAUGAAUUAAAGUGCAGUGAAAAAAGUGUAAUGAAUAAUGGAAAUGUUAUGGAUGAUAAUAGAAAUGAAAACAUGAACAAUAAAAAUGGAAGUGAUAAGGAGAGUUUAUUUUGUCCUAUCGACAAUGCUACAUUUCAGACUGUCCCAGCUCUUAUUCGAAGGAGAGCAAAAUUGGAUGACAUUAAUUUAAUAUAUAAGUCCUUGUAUGACAUGGCCAUAAAAAAGGGAAGUUGCCUUCCCGUGGAAAAGUCCGAACUCACUCAAAUGAAUUUGCAGGUCUUUGGACAAACAGGUGAAGCCAAAAUAGCUACCUUGCGAUAUCUAAAAAUUAUAGAAGUUAUUAACAAAACUGGCUCUGUGAAACUGUUAAAUUGCGCAGGACUAAAAAAAAAAAGAAAGAGAAAAACAUGCAUGGCAAGGUAA